GUCAUCUCCAGUCCCUUUGUCCUUGGCGUGUUAUGACACCAACUGCAUGGCACUAUUCCGGGCAUCUUCUCAUUGCCCGCCAAGGGUUUCCUUACUUGCUUGUCGAAAGAGGAUGACUUCAUACCUGUAGAUUAAUAGAACGAUAUAUUUCACUAUACUGUAACUUAUUUGAUAUGCUUUUUCAGGCUUAAGCGUGCGUUUGGCCACGAAUAUACCCGCCAUGGCUGCAAAGAGCCGACUUGAAUUGCUUCCCCACGAGAUCUUGCUGCAUAUCAUCCAGUUUCUGCUAGUUCCCGACGUCGUCAACCUCCAGUCGGUUUCCAAACAGCUCCUCCGGAUCUGCCGAGACAAUCCCCAUUGGCGUGGACGAUGCCUUGAGAAUUCCGUCUUCCUCGAACGAGUGUCGUUAUUCAGGCGAGGCUCUGACUGGUUCGAUGAGGAAGGAAUACCGUUGAGCAGAGCGGCACCAACAGACCAUCAUCCUCUACAGUACCAUAACGCGAUAGAGGCGAUAGGCCUGCUGUCUAGUAGAAAGAGGGAAAGAGAAUACUCGCGCAUUGCUGCUAAUUGGGACCCUACGUUCCCCGGAGAGAAGACUAGCUGGUAUCACGAAUUCAUACAACGGAAUGCGCCGGUGGUUACCAAUUGGUUCGAGCGACCUCCGGCCCUCGACGGCCCUGCAGAGGAGGCUGUUGAUGUUCGCGGCGCUGCACUGUACGAACCUUACAAGACGGAAAACCAGCUCUUUGCUGUCUCGCCACUCGAUGACGGGUCUAUAUGUAUAUGGGACGUAAAGGGUUCCAAGGUCAAGAAGGGAUCUAUUCUGUCAAGGAGUAGGCCGGGUGUUCUAUGGCAUACGCAGGGCACAUCAUCUGGAAACGUAUCAAACCAGUCUGUCGACAGAGGGAUCAUUGAAUGUGUGAGCGUCGACAGCUCGAGACGCGCUGCAUUUUUCGCCUUAGGAAACAACCUUGUUGAGGUAGACCUUCAGACCCAGCGUGUUAUUGCCACGACCAACUUCGAACGGGUGGUAAUGACAAUGUCUGCCGCGAAUCCCACGGUACCGCUUACAGUAGGCACUUUCAAUGGGCUGUACUUGCAUGAUUAUCGCGAAAAGAAUGUACUGCGCAAUCAGCAAGAGGAGGUGGUUGAUCCAUUUCCAACACAGAGCCCCAAUCUCUCCAGUAUACUCGGAGACUGGCAGCCUCUUCCACUUUAUGCCGCUCUUGCUCAGCCCGGUCCGCAAUACAUUCACCAUAUGGACCGACCUGGACAGCGGGAUGAAUUAUCUGAUGACAUCUUCGUAGCGGGUCGAUUUACCAGCAUAUUACAUUAUGACCGGCGCAUGUUCCCUUCCAUUAUGGGUUCACUUCAUUCAGGCGGUCGAUUAUGCAGUCUAACAUCGCUACCAUACCCAUUCUCUAGUGUUGACAGCGACCUCCGUCGACGUCUGGAGCUAACAGAAGAACAAGUCACCAAGUCUAAGAAUACAACCGGCGGCAGAACACUGAUAGCAUGCGGCGAGUACAACACCAAGGGUUCACUUGAGAUCUAUGGGUUGACGUCCACAUUGGAAGAGGGGGGCGAGAUGUAUAUUUCUUACGACUCCACGAUGAAAAAUCGGCAAACUGCCUCUUCUUCAAAGCUUUUAUCAGUCAUUAACCAUGGUAACCGAAUUGUAUUCGCUGAUGGUCAAGGAUAUCUCAAGUGGAUGGAAAGAGAUGGCUUCACAGAGGUGCGGCGUCACAAGAUCGGCAAGGUGGAGAAGGUCACUCACCGCUCUCUGUUUGGGGCGAUGCCGGGGUCGGAUGACAUUGCCCGUAAACUCCUAUCAGCACGGACAGCCGCGGGCAACGGCAUUUGCAAUGACGACGAUAUCUUAAUUUGGACUGGGGAGACGCUGGGGCUGAUUAGCUUCUCGUCCGGAUCCGGUUCAUCCCCUGAGGACUUCGUCGAAAACACCCGAACUCCGGAAGAGAUGGCUGCCGAAGAGGAGGAACAGGUCUAUGCGGAACGGAUGAGGCUUGCAUUGGAACGACAGGCGGACGAGGUACGCUUUGUUCAGAACCUCGGGAUGCCUCGCAAUUAAGCCGAGAAGAGAGUAAUCUGCCCAGAAUGGUAUCUGGGUCAUCAUGGUAUAUAUAUAAGGGCGUCUUAACUACGGCUCUGGCAUGCAUACCCCAGUACCUACAACACUAGGCUUCAGACUAGAAAGAGACUAGAAGAUGGGGUUGGCACACGCAUUAUGUUUUUCCGGCGAACAUGAUUAUGCUACAUUGAUAGGAUGAAGGCAUUCGAAUGCGAUAAAGGUAUAUACACUACAAACAAGGAUAUAUGAAGAGAAGAGAGUGGGUUAACACACCACUAUUUGGUUACGCCUUUCCGCUUCUGACCUCCGAAAAUGAAGCGUGUCUACCAUGCAUCAGUCACGGUAUUACUACGAUAUGCGCUGUAUUGGCUGCGUGUCAGUGUAUGCCCCGACUCCUCACCUUGGUCACCGGUACAGUAGUAGUGUAUGUAAUAGGCGUAUUUGGUGAAAGGCCGUCCAGAGCCGUCCUUUAAGCUAUUACGGAUUCCCGCUUGGCAUCUGGGGUAAGUCAGUAGCGUACCGCGAUCGAAGGAGAGGCUACACCUGGUGCUGUAGGUGUACAUUAUGUAAUAGAAUAUCGCAGAUAGCAGAGCAUAACAAUACUCAUUGCUGUGCAUUUUGGUUGAAAUCGAUGCUGGUGAGCUUGCAU